CCCCCACUCUGUCUCUCUCUCACACUCACUGCUCCAGUUACAGUAAACAAAAGCGUGGCUGUUUCAGUCUUUUGCUACCUUCUUUAUAAAUAAGAAUGCAGAGGUUAGCAUUCAGAUUCCCCAAAUUCUCUUCAUCUUCUUCACUCUUUUUCUUCCUAGAAAGAGAGUGCUAGACUUGUAAUUAUAUGUAAGUUAUCAGUAGCAGCACUUCAUAAAGCAGAGAUUCUGCUUCAACUCUCAUCAUCCCAAUUCUUUAUCCCCUGUUAUCGUAAACAACACAUAUCAUAUCACAAUACCAGUAUCUGUUUUCCAUUUUCAUUCAAUUCCAUAACCCACAGCUAACAAACAAUGGCUCAGCUCUCAUAUACCCCACACCCUUCUCAAGCGCUCUUGGCCAUCGCACUCUUCCUCGUCUUCAGAGGGGUUUCAGGGGCAACCUUUACUUUCGUCAACAAGUGCGAUUACACGGUGUGGCCAGGGAUUUUAGGCACGCCGGAACUCGCAAGCACGGGCUUUGAACUCGCGAAGGGGGGUUCCAAAAGCUUCCAGGCUCCGACCGGUUGGUCCGGUAGAUUCUGGGGCAGAACCGGUUGCCAGUUCGACAAUUCCGGCCGCGGGACGUGCGCCACCGCCGACUGCGGUUCCGGAGAGGUCAACUGCAACGGUGCCGGAGCCUCCCCGCCGGCUACUCUCGCCGAGUUCACUCUCGGCACCGGUUCCAUGGACUACUACGACGUGAGCCUCGUCGACGGCUAUAAUCUGCCCAUGAUGGUGGCGGCGAGAGGCGGGUCGGGGUCCUGCGCCACCACGGGGUGCGGCGAGGACCUCAAUCGGCGUUGCCCAUCGGAACUGAGGGUGGAGGGCGGCGACGCGUGUCAGAGCGCGUGCGGCGCGUUUGGGAAACCGGAGUAUUGCUGCGACGGCGCGUUUGGUAACCCUUCGACUUGCAAGCCUUCUACUUACUCUGAAAUUUUCAAGUCAGUAUGUCCCAAAGCCUAUAGUUACGCGUAUGAUGAUGCCACUAGCACGUUCACGUGUUCUGGCGCCGACUACACAAUAACAUUUUGCCCCUCUUCUCCUAGUUUGAAGUCUUCAACAGAUUCUAGUCCAAAGGGAACGGAUUCUGGGUCUGGGAGUGUGACGGGGACAGGUUCGUCGGUGGAACAAUCGGAAUUGGCUUCUACUUCGUGGUUAGCCGACAUGGCAACGGCGACAGGGGCUUCGACGCGAGCACGGCCUUUUGUGACUUCAAAGGUGUCUUUUUUGGUGGUUGUUGUUUUCAUUCUUUGUCUUUUGGUGGGUCCAUCUCUCUCCCAGUGAUCUUUCUUCCUUCCCUUUCACAGAAACUCCAUCCAUACACAUUUAUCAGAAGAGAGUACUAUGAUGAUGGCUAAAUUCUAUUUGUGUAAAUUGAAAAGUAAUGGUAUAAGAAGCGUUUCAAUCA